AAAUUUUAGAGUGCCCACAGUUGAAAGUAAAACUGUUAGUGCUAGUAAAAUUGAGCUCAGCGCAGAGGACUGCGAAAUUUGUGUAAAUAAAUAAGAAUCAACUAAAAUGUGAAUGUGAAAUAUGCAAUGCAGUGGCAGCCUCACGUAAACGCACAAAACCACCACCAAGGAAUAAAAACGCCGUGAGUGAAGCCUCCUCCAAUCAUCCGCCGUCGCACUCUUAACCUGUCGCGCUGUCUCCAUCGCCUGCAGCCAACCACAAAAACAGAAAACACGACUUGGAGAUUGUGGCUCAGCGGGGAAGCUUUUCCAUCGGUGCCACAGACCAAAAUCAGGACAUGAGAAGAGCAUUCCGAAUUGAGCUGUGGCCUACGUUAUCUGUUUAAGAUGUCACUGGCCGUCUCCCUACGCCGUGCCUUGCUGCUGCUACUCUCAGGAGCCGUUUUCAUUCUGACAGUGCUGUACUGGAAUCAGGGCGUGAUUAAGACACAGUCCUACAGUGAAGCACAGCUGCGUCCACACAUCCAGAAGGAUCGCAGCUCGGCUCCCAUACCUUAUGAAAAGUCAUGGACGUAUAAGUGCGACAAUGACAGAUGUGUGCGCGUUAAUUAUAACAAGAACGGAGCCAACGUGAAGCGUGUCUCCUUCAUCAGCUGCUCAAUGACCUGUGGAGAUAUUAACAUUUGGCCACAUCCCACCUCCAAGUCGCUGGUCAGCGGUCAUACGCUGCGCUUCUCCGUGGAGGAUGUGCAGCUGCGGUUGGAUACGCCGCAUCGCGAAGUACGCAAGCGCCUCAAGUUGGCCUUUGAUGUACUUGUUAGGCAACUGCGGCAAAUACAGCAACUGGAAUACGCACCGCCUCAUGCAGAGGAGAUGCUCUCUGUCAGCGAGCCAGCUUCCAAAUCCACAGACGGUGCUGAAUCGCCGCUAGCUGGCGGACUUUUUAGCUCUACCUUUGGCUCACACCGAUCUGGCGAUUUGGAUAGUCUGCAUGUAAAGCUCUCGGUGCAUGAGUCAGGCGAGCUUGACUUCAAUCUUGACAAUGAUGAGAGCUAUGAACUAACGACAAGCUUUGAGCAUCGACGUUUGACUGUGCACAUCAGCGCUAAGUCAUUUUUUGGCGCACGUCACGGACUGGCCACGCUGCAGCAGCUGAUUUGGUAUGACGAUGAGGAGCGAUUGCUGUGCACCUAUGCCAGCUCCUUGAUCAAUGAUGCGCCCAAGUUUCGCUAUCGCGGCCUAAUGCUGGACACCUCUCGGCACUUCUUUUCCGUGGAUGCCAUUAAACGCACCAUUGCAGCAAUGGGCUUGGCAAAGCUGAAUCGCUUUCAUUGGCACAUAACGGAUGCUCAAAGCUUUCCAUAUAUUUCGCGACAUUAUCCGGAGCUGGCUGAGCACGGCGCCUACUCGGACAGUGAAACGUACAGCGAGCAAGACGUGCGCGAGGUCAACGAGUAUGCCAAAAUUUUUGGCGUGCAGGUGCUCCUCGAAAUUGAUGCACCUGCGCAUGCGGGAAACGGUUGGGACUGGGGAUCGAAGCGGGGCCUUGGUGAACUGUCGCUAUGCAUUAAUCAGCAGCCAUGGAGCUUUUAUUGCGGUGAACCGCCGUGCGGUCAACUAAACCCGAAGAAUAACCACACCUACCUCAUACUACAGCGCCUGUACGAAGAGUUUCUGCAGCUAACGGGGCCCACAGACAUUUUUCACCUGGGCGGCGAUGAGGUGAAUCUCGAUUGCUGGGCCCAGUACUUCAAUGACACGGAUCUACGCGGCCUCUGGUGCGACUUCAUGCUACAAUCGAAUGCUAGAUUAAAAGUGGCCAAUGGAAAUGUUGCGCCCAAGCAUGUGGUUGUGUGGUCAAGUGCGCUCACAAACACCAAGUGUCUUCCAAAUAGUCAAUUCGUAGUUCAGGUGUGGGGUGGCAGCACUUGGCAGGAGAACUAUGAUCUGCUGGACAACGGAUACAAUGUUAUAUUUUCGCACGUGGAUGCUUGGUAUUUGGAUUGCGGCUUUGGCAGCUGGCGAGCUACUGGCGAUGCCGCAUGCUCGCCUUAUCGCACUUGGCAAAACGUUUAUAAGCACCGGCCUUGGGAGCGAAUGCGUCUGGAUAAGAAGCGCCGGAAGCAGGUGCUGGGUGGCGAGGCAUGCUUAUGGACCGAGCAAGUGGACGAGGGUCAACUAGAUAAUCGAUUGUGGCCUCGCGUUGCUGCCCUGGCCGAACGUCUGUGGUCAGAUCCUAAUGAUGAUCAUGACUUUGAUGUUGUGCCCCCAGAAGUGUUUCGACGAAUAUCAGUGUUUAGAAAUCGCCUUGUUGAGUUGGGCAUCAAAGCCGAGGCGCUGUUUCCCAAGUACUGCGCGCAGAAUCCCGGCGAGUGCAUUUGAUAUAUUAUGUAAAUGAAAAGGUGCCCCCUCUCCCCCACUCUGUGCGUUAAUUAGUUGAUAGUGUAAUUGUUAUUUUUAUUAUUACAUUACAUAAUAAGCGUCCACUAAA